CGAAGGAGGCGACAGAACAGCCCUGUAAAGAAGUUUUUAGAGUCUCCUCUGUCGUGUUUGCACCGUCUUUUAGUUGGAAAAAACAACAACAACUAAACAACAGAUAAGCUGGGUCGUGGCGGGAGAAGCCUAAGUCUGAAUCAGACACAGCCAUGGACGGUGUGUAUGGAUGGGGCAUGACCCCACUCAACCCAGUCCAAACAGCGAACCCCUUCAUAGAGAUCAUUGAGCAGCCAAAGCAGAGGGGGAUGAGAUUUAGGUAUAAGUGCGAAGGACGCUCAGCCGGCAGCAUUCCUGGAGAGAAAAGCAAUGACACCACUAAGACUCACCCAGCCAUCAAGGUGCACAAUUACAGCGGCCCCUUGCGUGUUCGCAUUUCACUGGUAACAAAGAACGCACCGCACAAGCCUCACCCCCAUGAACUUGUUGGGAAGGACUGCAAACAUGGCUACUACGAGGCCGACCUGCAGGAGAGAAGAAUACACAGUUUUCAGAACCUGGGCAUACAGUGUGUGAAGAAGAAGGAUGUGAAUGAGGCCAUCACUUGCAGGCUGCAGACAAAUAACAACCCCUUCAACAUUCCUGAGGCGAAGGUGUGGGAGGAAGAGUUUGACCUGAAUUCAGUGCGGCUUUGCUUCCAGGCCUCCAUCACUCUGCCUACAGGGGAGCUGUUUCCUCUGGAGCCUGUGGUAUCACAGCCCAUUUAUGACAACAGGGCCCCAAACACAGCUGAGCUGAAGAUCUGCCGAGUCAACCGCAACUCUGGAAGCUGCAAGGGAGGGGAUGAAAUCUUUCUGCUGUGUGACAAAGUGCAAAAAGAGGACAUCGAGGUGCGUUUCUUCCAGGACUCCUGGGAGGGAAAGGGCACUUUCUCACAGGCCGAUGUCCACAGGCAGGUGGCCAUUGUGUUCCGUACACCGCCCUACCGCGACACUAAUCUCACUGAGCCCAUUAGAGUCAAGAUGCAGCUCCGCCGGCCCUCUGACCGCGAAGUCAGUGAGCCAAUGGACUUCCAGUACCUGCCCUCUGACCCAGAUGAAUACAGACUGAGUGAGAAGAGAAAACGUACAGGAGACAUGUUCCAGAGCCUCAAGCUGGGACCCAUGCUGUCUAGUGUGUCCAUUCCACAAGAUAGACGGCACAUAAGCCCAGCAAGGAGAACAGUCACAGCCAAGCCUCCAUCAAUGAACCCACAAGCUGCAGCUGUGGUGCCCCCUGUUGCCAGUGCAGUGAAACCCCAGGCUUCAUACUCCUUUCAGCCAGGCCAGCUUUUCUCCAUCCAGCCCAAGGUAGAGGCCUCUCCCUCCAGCUCAGCUGUGACUACAAACCAAACAUGGAAAAUCAUGGAGAGCCUGAACCUGGGCCCCCAGCCCAAAGCCACUCCAGUGGCCAACUUCACAAUAAGUCAGGCGCCAUCUUCCUCCUCUUCCUCCUCUACAACCACCUCCACUGCCAACCAGGACUUCUCCACUGUCAACCUGUCAGACCUUCAUGAAUUUUUCCCCAACAUUUCCUCAGCCAUGGCCCAGGAGCCCACACCUUCUCAGGGGACCACUGUCUCCUCUCAGGCCAGCAGCUCCUUCACCCUCCAGGCCCCUCAGUUCCGGGUGGAUGAUGAUGAUAUCCCAGAAUUCCCUAUCUUUCCUGAAGCCCAGGCCCCAGGUACCCUGGACAGCCUAAACAUGGAUGACUUUGAGGACCUUCUGAACCCCCGCCUCAUCAGCGAGGCUGGAAAUGGCGCCUCAAUGUUGGCCCAAGCUUCAUGUCAACAAGCCGCCCCUCCCAGCUCCUCCGCUGCUGCCCAGAACACAGUAUCCCAGAACACUUCUGACCCUGCCAGCCAACCAGGUAGCACCUGGAUGAAUUACCCCAACAGCAUUGUCAACUUGCUCCAGAACGAGAGCAUGAUUAUCAUGGCAUCCAACAACAACAACCACCAGGCCCCUGUGCUGGAUGAGUUUGAUGAGUUGAUGUCUGCUGACGAGGAUCGUCUUAUUUCCAUUUUUAACAGCGAAAGCCAAGCUGGGUAUGUGUCAGGACACCAGACUUAAAGUUUGUCCAUGUGAUUCUUUUUUUUUUAUUUUUAUUUUUUUAUAACAGACACAUUGACAUAGACCAUGUGAGCUGCCCACUUCGCCAUCAGGACUAAAACUCCUUUUUUAUUACCAAGGACAGAAAGGAAACAAGGUGGACAUGAAGGGCUGGAGGAGACUGAAUGUAGCAGAACUGUUCACUGUGGACUUGCUUUUUGAAAUACCAGCAAAGACAUUUUUUGGUAUUCAAUUAACGGGGUUUGCCAGGCUUUAUAUACAGUUUGUCUGACAAAUGAUAAAACACAGGACAGAACAUAAUCAGAUUUCUUUCUUUGUUUAGCAUCAAUCAUUUACUGUUUCAGCCAGUGUCAACACAGUGGUAGAAGAUGGAUUCACCACAAAUGUUUGUUUUAAAAAGACAAUCAGAUCAGAUAAGAUCAAUUGCUGAUGGCAUCUGUUAAGAUGUUUCCCUGUAACAUGUUAAGCAUGUUUUUACUGUCCUUGUAACAAUUCUGGCAGAGCUGAUCAGUGUUAAUGUGAUAAUCACUGUCUCUAAUUAAAAUGCUGUUUAGUCUGCUUUUUUAUUUUAAACAAAGCGGCUGGUAUAUAGAAUUUAAUCCAACCUAGAGGCAAGUCAAUGCAAAUAAUAUCUAUUGUCAUUUAAUUAAAUAUCCCCAUGUAGUACUUUGUAACUGAAUAGAAUGUUUUCUGACUGUCGGCAGUAACUGUAACCACUGUCUGUACACAGGUGCCUCUCAGCAAAAUACUAUGGUAGUAAUGUUUUAAGAGCCAAAUGAAGGUCUAUAUGUAAAUAAUUAUCAAACAAGCAACAUUAAUAAGUACAUGCUUAUAGCACAGAAGAGUACAAAAGUUCAUGCAUCACACUCACAGAGCUGUAUCAGGUCUUCCUCUGGUCUCUAACCAGUUUUUCCAGUUAUUUUAUCCAUAUGGCUACCAUUUAACUCAACAGUUUUAGACCUGUAGGUCAAAUUGCUAAUUUGCUUUAUUGAGAUGGCAUUAUGUGGUUUUAUACUAGGAUGAUGUAAGCAGAUUGUACUAUAUGCAAUUUUUCGCUGUCAUGAAUGAUGAAUUCUGUCAAAAUCUAAAAAACACUUUUCUUGGCAAUAAAAAAAGAAACUGCAUAAAAAUAAAGGUCUUCAAAAGUA